AUGGAACCUUACUCCCUCCUACUAUCAAUCCUCACCCUACUCAUAUACUCCUCCCUCCUCUCCCACUUCGGCAAACAAAACAUCAUCCAAUCCAUCUGGCUAAUCUAUUUAAAAUACUCAUCAAACCCCAAAUUAAAACAAUUGAAUAAAUUGAAAACAACAAAGAAAGCAGUCUUUAUAGAAAAAUCUUCCAUUUCUCCUCAGGAUCAAUAUGCUAAAUGGACAAAACUUAAUAGAAAAUUUGAUGAAUUGAAUAAAUCAAUAGAUUCUCUAGAAUUAGAAAUUGUGGAAUUUAAACAAAAUUUUGAAAAACCAAUUUCAUUAUUAUUAUCAAGUAUUUAUUGGUUACCUAUGGUUUGGUUUAGGAUCUUCAAUAGGAAAAUUGGUGUGUUUUGGUUACCUAAUGGUGGGUUCCCAUAUUAUUUGGAAAAAUUACUAAGUUGGCCAAGUGCUCCAAUUGGUUCAAUUGGGUUAAGUCAAUGGUGUUUUUUAAUAAAUGCUUUCCUAAGUGGUGUUUUAUUCAUUAUCAAGAAUUUUAAUGUUGAAUUACCUGAAAAGCCAACCAAUAAAAUAACUACAGUUGAAUAAUAUAAAAUCAUACAUUUUUAUUGUCCCUUUUUAAUGUAUUAAUCCAUAAUAUUCACCAAAUUUUAAAACAUCUGCACAAUUUUUAAAGUCUUGGAAAUAAACAACUUGUCUUUUUUUAUUACUUUUAGCAUUUUCUUGAUUGAAUUGAGGAAUUGAAUCAUUUAAUUUUUUCCUUCUUGGAUCUAGUGAUUUAUAUAGAUAUGUCAAAUCUUUAUAAUAUUGAUCAUCUUUCUUUGUUGUUGAAAUCCUUUUAUGAUUUAUUAAUUUAUCCAAUAAAUAAUGUAACCAAUAUAAAUUAUUAAUAAAACUUGAUAAUGACCAAUCAAUUUCAUCAUUAUGUUGAUCAAUUUUUUGAAUUGAUUUAAUUUGAUUUCUCAUAAAUCUAUAAAUAUCAAAUUGAUAAUCUC